GCGCGCCGCUGCGCUCAUCACGGCUACGUCGACGCUCCGAUUCACAGUAAACAAAGAUUGUCAGAAAACCAAAAACAAGCGACCAACGACAUCCUGCUCGGAAAGGAAGAGCUCUGUUCCUGUAGUGAUGCGUUUGUCCCAGUCUGGUUAAGUGGAGGACUCUAGCCGAACCUCCUCCCUCCUCCUUCCUAUCCUUGAAGACCUUCAUCCACUCCACCUCCUUCCUCAACCCCUGUCUCCUCUUCCUCCCUCAAGCCAUCCCUGUGAUGCCUCCCUUGUAUUGUGGCUAUCUGUCACAGUACACCCAUCAUCAUCUGGCUGUUUUCCUCCUUACUUUUUUUAGCUAUGUGCUGCUGCAUGCAUCCAGGAAGACGUUCAGUAAUGUGAAAGUGAGCAUCUCUGCCCAAUGGACGCCAUCGUUCCAGAAUGACAGCGCAGCUGCCUUCUCCCCCGGCGAGACAUGGGAGGACAAUCGCCUGUUUGCAGAUGAAGAGCAGGCCACCUUAUUUCUGGGAGCUCUUGACUCCAUCUUCCUCUUCUCAUACGCAGUGGGCCUGUAUUUGAGCGGCGUGAUUGGGGACAGAGUCAAUCUGCGCUACGUUCUCUGCGUCGGCCUGUGUGGUUCUGCUGCUGUGGAAUUUGUGUUUGGCACUCUGACCGAAUGGCUCCACAUUUACAACAUCUAUCUGUACUGCGGGCUGUGGGUGCUGAACGGCCUGCUGCAGUCCGCCGUCUGGCCCUGCGUGGUGGCCGUCAUGGGAAACUGGUUCGGCAAGACCGGGCGAGGCUUUGUGUUCGGCCUGUGGAGUGCCUGCGCAUCCGUAGGCAACAUACUGGGCGCCUUCUUGGCGUCCAGCGUGCUACAGUACGGAUAUGAGUACGCCUUCCUGGUGACCUCUGUUGUGCAGUUCGCUGGUGGGGUGGUGGUGUUUUUCGGGCUACUUACCUCCCCGAAGGAAGUUGGUUUGAGCAUGGAGUCGGAGACGGGUCUCCGGCCCGUGGAGACGGACACCGACAGCCACAGGCCUCUGAUGAGCGACGAGGAGGAGAAGGAGGUGGAAGUGUGCAGCAGACAAUACCGGUCCGUUCAGGAGCCGGAUGAGCCGCCGUUCGAGUCUCCGCAACCUGUCGGCUUCCUCCAGGCUUUCUGUCUGCCGGGAGUUCUGCCUUACUCGCUGGCUUAUGCCUGCCUGAAGCUGGUCAACUACUCCUUCUUCUUCUGGCUUCCCUUCUACUUGAGCAACAACUACGGGUGGAAAGAGGCCGAGGCCGACCGCCUGUCUGUCUGGUACGAUGUAGGAGGAAUCAUCGGAGGAACAGUUCUGGGUCUGGUUUCUGACUUCAUGGGGAAGAGAUCUCCGGUGCUGGUUUUCAGUCUGGUAAUGGCAAUGGGAGCCCUGGUGGGAUACAGCCGAUCUCCCAAUGACCAGGUCAUAAACGCGGUGAUCCUCGCUGCCACCGGCUUCUUCAUUGGCGGUCCUUCCAACAUGAUCAGCUCGGCCAUCUCCGCUGACCUGGGGAGACAGGACGCCCUGAGAGGCAACCAGGAGGCUCUGGCAACUGUCACUGGGAUCGUGGAUGGGACUGGGAGUAUUGGAGCGGCUGCAGGACAGUAUGUGGUGUCUCUGAUUGAGAGCAAGCUGGGCUGGAUGACCGUGUUUUACUUCUUCAUCGUCAUGACCGGGGGUAGCAUUGUGUUCAUCACCCCGUUGCUCAUCAAAGAGAUCCUAGCCAUGUGGAGGGACAGGAGGGCGCUGCGGCGCCAGCUGUGACGGCCUCCACACGUGCCAGUCCCCGGUUACGGCUCGUACUCAGGUCCCAGCAGACGUUCCUGGCGGUAGAAAACUCGGAGAGGGAUCUGGCUGCCAGUCAGACCAGACCAUCCCAGAAUGUACCCAUGUAUAUGUUGAUGAGGGUUUGAGCGAAUGUAAAUACUUCACUUUUUCAAUGUGGAUGUACCUCAGUUAAAAUUUAGGAAUUUGAAUUUUAAACCAGGAGUUUUUAACUUCAGUGUCAGACUCAUGGACACAAUCUGUGGGUGAGAAUUAAGAAUGUGAAAAGUGAUUGUAACGUAGGAAUCUGUUCUUAGCUUUUGUAAAUAUUUAAGACUUUUUUUUGUCGACCGAAUACAUUUUGCACUCGAGAGUUGCUUCUAGAUUAUUAGUCUGAAAUGAAUUUGGUGAACCACCUCAAUGUUUCUGCUUUUUAAGUUUUGGGAAGCUUUCACCUUUCAGGUACUUGACCUUUCUUGUAUCCAGUUUUCUGUUGUCUGGAUCAGAAACUAGACUGUAAAACCUUCAACUGACGGGGACUGGUUCUCUUGAUUGUUUACAAGUGCCACUCAUUUGGUCCUCCUUCCAUUAUUUACUUUUAUAUUUGUUUCUAUGUUUACACCGUACUUUUCUGUGUCUUAACUUAAGCACACACAUUAUCAGUGUUGUGUUUUUAAUAAUAACUGUACACUUGUUUACGGUUUUGUCUUUUGUGGCAAAAGCUGCAUAAUUGUUUUGUUGGUCAGGAAACUUAACUGUAAAUCUGUGUGGACCUUGCCACUUUUUAUGUUUUAGUCGUUUAUGAAUUAUUUAAGUGUUUCAUAUAAGAUCCAAUCUGUAUAAAUUCAUCUCUUUUUGAAUAAUUGUGCAGUUUAACACUUUGGUGAGGAAGCCACUACUUUUUGGGUGUAGAUAAGAUUUUGGUGUCGAACAUGUCUGAUGUGUCACAAUGUUUUUAACAACUUCAAUCAGGUCAUUGUUUUGAAUUAUCAUCUGUGCUGAGGUGAGCCAAGCAAAUCUAUGAGAAUGUAAAAUUAAAUAUUUAUGACAUGCUUAACACUUGUUUUUUGUUUUUAUGGGAAAUUUGCAUAUUUCGAACGAUGUAAAUGCUACUUUUGUUUCAAAUAAAUGCAAGUUAAAUUGUA